AACCCUAACUCCCUCCAACUCUCCAACGGCGCAGCUCACACUCCCUCUCUCGUCCCUCCCUUCACCCUCGAGCUGGCCGUUUCUCUCAACACCGGCGAGCUCAAUCCCUCCCUUUCGUUCAGCCGCCGGACUGCUCCUGACGCCGUCGCCGGUUGGAGCUUCUAAGCUCACUCAGUUCCUCACUCAGCUAACGUCUCAGACUCUCAGCAGUGGAAGCACAGUCGCCGGGCUCGCCUCCUGCCUCCGUCGCGUAGCUCUGUUCCUCCGUCGCAAGCUCUGUUCCUGCCUCCGUCGCCAGUUCUGAUCAUGCCUCCUUCGCCAGCUCUGUUCUUCUAGAUUGUCGAACCGGUCGAACCGUGAACCGGUGGUAUUAACGGUUCGGUUAACAAUAUAAAACCGCUAAUUAGAAAACAGCCAACACUGUUGAACCGGCCGGAAACCGGUCGGUCGGACCGGAACUGGAACUGGCCGGUUUGGAUUAAACUAUGUCGUUUUGGUUCCUGCACGGAUGACCUUCCUUCCCCUUACCUUCAGUCUUCAUUCCAAACCCCUAUCUUAACAGCUUCUCCCCAAAUCAAAAAAGGAAGUUGAAACAGGAAACCCUAGCUUCUCCACCACCGCCGCAAGGACUGCCGCCAUCCGUCGCUCUCAGGCACUACCGUCGUCUGGUAUUCCGUGCUUCUUCCUCCUUCAAGAAUCGCAGCUUCUUCUUCCUCGAGCUCGACGCGUCAGUUCCUGGUAUUCAUCUGCUCUUGCCGCCGUCCGUCGGGCGCUCAGUCACCAUCGUCUUCGUCUGGUCGUCGCAGAUUCUUCCAACCCACCACUGUCUUAUGAGUUGUGUUCGUCGCCUGGCCUCUGUCUCCGUCACGAUUCUGCCCCCCUCUUCUCAGAUUGCUCAGAAGGAAAACCCAUCUCCAUUCCAGUUUCCUUCCUUCGAGUUCACAGAGCAGAAGCUCAACCAAGAAAAAAACCUUAGACUUCGACGCCACUUCCUCCAUAAUGGACAUCUGAGGUGAGGUUGAUCUCCCUCUUGUUCUGUGAAGACUUGUGUGUGAAAUCAAUCCCCAAGUUGAUCAACAGGUUUUGGAUUCUUCAUCUGUGUCAAGUUGUUAAGAGAAUGUCUCUUAUGAAGAAGACUCUAACCUCCUCAAAGCUCGUCGUUCGACUGACGACGGUGGCGACCGACAAUUGACGUCCGACGACUGACGACCUACGGUGCUGCCCUGCUUCUCGGUGACGACUGACACUCCUCAAGACCUUAUAUCAAAGUCUUGGUUACCUCCACAGCUUUGGAGGAAGCUCUUAACUGGAAUCACUGAGCUGAAGAAUUCAAGAAAGAAGACGAAGAAGAUGGGUAAUCAGAAGCAAAAGUGGACGCAAGAUGAAGAAGACGCACUCAUCGCUGGCGUGGAAAAACACGGUCCAGGAAAGUGGAAGAACAUUCUCAAAGACCCUCAAUUCGCACCAUUUCUCACUUCACGUUCCAAUAUCGACCUCAAGGAUAAAUGGCGGAAUUUGAGUGUUAGCAAUGGCACUCAAGGGUCCAAGGAAAAAUCUAGGGUUCCUAGAAUCAAGGCUGCUGCCCCAGUUGCUGCUGCCCCAGUUGCUGCUGCUGCUGCUAGUAAUGCUAUUGUUGUUGCCGGGGAAGAUGCUACUAUUGUCACCACUAUGAUUCAUCAACCUGAUCCUUCUGUUGCUGUGGGUGAUUCUUCUCAAAAUGACGAAGAUGCCAAGAAUCGUCCGAGGUACAAUGCAAUGGUUUUAGAAGCGCUGUCAGCUUUGAAAGAUGCUAAUGGAUCUGACCUGAAUGCCAUUGUUAACUUCAUUGAGCUAAAACACAAGGUUCCUCAGAAUUUCAGAAGGGCAUUGAGCACCAGGUUGAGGAGGCUUGUUAGUCAAGGGAAACUUGAAAAGGUACAAAACUGUUACAAGAUUAAAAAGGACUAUUCACCUGUGCCAAAAUCACCAGUUGCUGUGAAAAAGAAUGUGUGGCCACAACGGCAACAACCACCACCACCCCCGGAGUUUGUGGCAUCUAAUGAGACAAUAAAGGAAGCUGCUGAAACUGCAGCCUACAGAAUUGCCGAGGCCGAAAGCAAGUCAUAUUUAGCCGCUGAAGCAGUCAAGGAGGCAGAACGAAUUGCACGCUUAGCUGAAGAUGCUGAGGCGAUGUUACAGCUAGUACAACAGAUUUAUGAUGCUUGUUCGCGCGGUGAAGCUGUCAUCUUGGCAUCUUAAGUUGGUCAGUGUCGGGUCUAUCAAUGGACUCCUGGAUUUUGCUCUCUGUAAAAAUAGUUGUUCAUAUAGUCUAGCAGUGUUUUAACUUUUUAGGUUUACUAUAUCGAAUUUCAUUUCUUGAAGCUGCACUUAGGUGAUGUUUAUAUUUAGUAACACAGUUCACCGAUUUUGCAUCCGAACUCGAAGCAAUAUAUAAACUAACAUGAAGUUAGUUUCAUAUGUUAACCACUGUUCAUGUAUUUUGCAAGUAGACUUCUUUGGACUUCAUUUUGGCCUUCAUUAGUUUAGAGUAAAAAAAAUUUUCAAAUUUA